GGCGGGAGGCUGGCAUUCGACAGCAGCCGGUGCACGCAGCCCCGGCGUCCGCCCCAGCUCUCCUGAGGCGACCGUACAAUCCUCGGCAGUGUCCUGAGACUGUAUGGUCAUCUCAGCGCUCGCGCUGGCCACCACUCCGGGACUCCUGCCCACUGGUGCUAUUUAAACCUCCUUUUUUUUUUUUCCCCCUCUUUUUCUCUCUUUCCUUAAAAAUCCCAGAAAAGUGAACUUGGAGAUCCUUUCUCGCUUUUCUCUCUCUCUCUCUCUCUCUCUCUCUCUCUCUCUCUUUCUUUCUCUUUCUCUUCUUUACGUCUGACAUCCUCCUCCCACUCCUGUCCCCCAGCCCCGCCUCCCAGGGCAGGUUCCACCCCGUCACCUCUCUCCAACACCCUCCUCCGCACCUAGACUGCCAUCCUCCACCUUCCAACCUGACUGCUCGGGACAUUCGGGACCUGCGAGAGAGCGCUACAGGACUUUUCACACCUGCCUGGGCGCACAGGGAGUGGCCAAAGGCAACAGCUAAAAAGCGGCUGCAGCUCCCCCCCCCCUCCAACCUACCCCUUGACACACACACACACACACACACACACACACCAGCUAAGGAGCCCCAAGUGCCUGGCAUCUCCAAGGGCGACGGCGACAAUGACAGCUGACAAGGAGAAGAAAAGAAGCAGCUCGGAGCGGAGGAAGGAGAAGUCCCGGGAUGCGGCCAGGUGCCGGCGCAGCAAGGAGACGGAGGUCUUCUACGAGCUGGCCCAUGAGCUGCCCUUGCCCCACAGCGUGAGCGCCCACCUGGACAAGGCCUCCAUCAUGCGGCUGGCCAUCAGCUUCCUGCGCACGCACAAGCUCCUGUCCUCAGUUUGCUCUGAAAAUGAAUCUGAGGCCGAGGCCGAUCAGCAGAUGGAUAACUUGUACCUGAAGGCCUUGGAGGGGUUCGUUGCUGUGGUGACCCAAGAUGGUGACAUGAUCUUCCUGUCCGAAAAUGUCAGCAAGUUCAUGGGACUCACCCAGGUAGAGCUAACGGGACACAGUAUCUUUGAUUUCACUCACCCCUGUGAUCACGAGGAGAUCCGCGAGAACUUGACUUUCAAAAACGGCUCUGGUUUUGGAAAGAAAAGCAAAGACAUGUCAACCGAGCGCGACUUUUUCAUGAGGAUGAAGUGCACGGUCACCAACAGAGGCCGAACCGUCAACCUCAAAUCGGCCACCUGGAAGGUCCUGCACUGCACUGGCCAGGUGAAAGUCUGCAGCAACUGUCCCCCUCACAAUAGCCUCUGUGGCUACAAGGACCCUCUGCUGUCCUACCUUAUCAUCACGUGUGAGCCCAUCCAGCACCCGUCCCACAUGGACAUCCCCCUGGACAGCAAGACCUUCCUGAGCCGUCACAGCAUGGACAUGAAGUUCAACUACUGCGAUGACAGAAUCACAGAACUGAUCGGUUACCACCCCGAGGAGUUACUUGGCCGCUCAGCGUACGAGUUCUACCAUGCCCUGGACUCCGAGACCAUGACCAAAAGUCACCAAAACUUGUGCACCAAGGGACAGGUGGUGAGUGGACAGUACCGGAUGCUUGCAAAACAUGGGGGCUACGUCUGGCUGGAGACCCAGGGGACGGUCAUUUACAAUCCCCGCAACCUUCAACCUCAGUGCAUUAUGUGUGUCAACUAUGUCCUAAGUGAAAUCGAGAAGAAUGAUGUAGUCUUCUCCAUGGACCAGACAGAAUCCCUGUUCAAGCCCCACCUGAUAGCCAUGAACGGCAUCUUUGAGAACAGUAGCGAGAUGGCCAUGUCGGACAAGAGUAACUUCCUGUUCACCAAGCUGAAGGAGGAGCCCGAGGAACUGGCCCAGUUGGCCCCAACACCAGGAGAUGCCAUUAUCUCUUUGGAUUUCGGGAACCAGACCUUUGAGGAGGCUCCAGCCUAUGGCAAGCCCAUCCUGCCCCCCACUCAGCCAUGGACUGCAGAGCUGAGAAGCCACGGUGCCCAGAGUGAGGCUGGGAGCUUGCCUGCCUUCACGGUGCCCCAGGUGGGCCCCACAGGGAGUACCUCUCCCAGUACCACCAGCAGCAACAGCAGCUGUUCCCCGCCUAGCAGCCCCGGAGACUGUUACCCAACCCUGGCAGAUCACCUCAAGAUUGAAGUGAUCGAGAAGCUCUUUGCCAUGGACACUGAGACUAAGGACGAGUGCAAUACUCAGACGGAUUUCAAUGAGCUGGACUUGGAGACGCUGGCCCCGUACAUCCCCAUGGAUGGAGAGGACUUCCAGCUGAGCCCCAUCUGCCCCGAGGAGCCGCCCUUGCCAGAGAGCCCCCAGCCCAGCCCCCAGCAGCACUGCCUCAGUGCCAUGACGGGCAUCUUCCAGCCGCUGGCCCCUGGGGCCACCCACACUGCCUUCCUCCUGGACAAGUACCCGCAGCAGCUGGAGAGCAAGACGGCGCCCCAGCACCAGCCUAUGUCGUCCAUCUUCUUCGAUUCGGGGAGCAAAGGCUCCCUGCCACCUUGCUGUGGCCAAGCCAGCACCCCCCUCUCUUCGAUGGGGGGCAGAUCCAACACCCAGUGGCCCCCGGACCCGUUAAAUUUUGGGCCCACGAAGUGGUCUGUUGAAGAGCGGCACGCCGAGGCCUUGGGGGCGUUGCAGUUGGAGCCCCCCCUCACCCCGCCCCACGUCUCCAUGUUCAAGAUGAGGUCUGCAAAGUACUUUGGGACGCGGGGCCCAGAUGUGAUGAGUCCGGCCAUGCUGGCCUUGUCCAGGAAGCUGAAGCGCCAGCUGGAAUACGAGGAGCAAACCUUCCAGGACACGAGCGCGGGGGACCCUCCGGGAGCCAGCAGCAGUUCACAUUUGAUGUGGAAACGCAUGAAGUCUCUCGGGGCCGGGACUGGCACCUGCCCUUUGAUGUCAGACAAGCCCCUCAGAGCCAAUGUCCCCCCUGAUGAAUUCACCCCAAACCCCAUGAGAGGCCUGGGCCAGCCCCUGAGACACCUGCCGCCACCCCCACCACCAUCUACAGCCGUGAGCCCAGGAGAGACCGCAAAGAACGGGAUCCUUCCACAGUGCUACGCCUCCCAAUUCCAAGGCUUAAGCCCCCCAGCAGCUCACAAGGGGUCAGGCACGGCAAGUCGACUGCUCGGGCCAUCAUUUGAGCCCUACUUACUGCCAGAACUGACCCGAUAUGACUGUGAGGUGAACGUCCCUGUGCUGGGGAGCUCCACCCUCCUGCAAGGAGGGGACCUCCUCAGAGCCCUGGACCAAGCCACCUGAGCUAGGGCCCUGGGCAGGGCACGUUCCUGCCAAUGCAUCCUGCCAGCUUCACCUAACGUCUGUUGCAACUAGGUAUUUCUAACACCAGCACACUUCAAGCUGUACGGACCUGGCCCCUGUGUCCAGGUCUCACCAAGCGGUGGCCUUUUUUUUCCUUCUGAGAUGCUCACUUUAUUAUCUAUAUUUUUAAAAUACAUAGUUGUUUGUAUCUGCUAUGUUUUGCUGUCGAUGAAAACAGUCUUAAAUUUUUAUAAGAUCCCCCCCCCCCCAGUCAAUGACUUCUAAUUUAUAUUUUCCGGAGGUCUCUCAUACCCAGCAUCCCUUCUAAAAAGCAUGGUGGCUGUCCUGGGAGAGAGAGAGAGCUUUGUUGUUGCCAAAGAGGAAUGAAAAGGAUUGUGCUUUCCACCCUGAUUUGAGACUUCCUCUCAAUGCCCUUUUCUUUGUUUCCCUUACAAUCAAUCACCAUACUGUAAAUUUUAUUGUUUUGUUUGUUUUUUAAAGCCAAUUCGUUGCUCUCAUUUUGAUACAACUUAUGGGGGGAAGCAACGUGAAGGGAAUUUGCAGUGUGCACGGUUACCUGCGAAAGUUGUCCAUGUGGCUUUUUUAUUAUUAUUAUUAUUGUAAUUCAAAAGCAUAACUGAGUUUUUUUUUAAAAAAGAAAAAUUUAUAUCUGGGUUAAGUGUCUAGCAUAUAUGGGUACUUUGUAAUAUCUAAGAACUUAGAAAUGGAAUCCUGCUCACAAAAAUCACUUCUAAGAUUUUUUUUUUUUUUAAUGCUGUUAAUUUGAUUUUUUUUUUUCUCAGUGUUGCUGGCACUGGAGAUGUGUACAGCAUAGUACUGUUAUAGGUCUCUGUUGGCUUUGCUUUUUUUUUUUUUUGGUGACAUGCCACUGGUGUGACGAUCCCAGGAGUGGAAUCUUUAGGUGGGAACGUUGCGAGCCAUCCCCUUCCUGUCCUGUGUGCGUGUUCGUGGCUGUGGCUGCCACAGGGGUCUGACGGCACGUGGGCUGGGGGAGGGGGAAGAAGCGCUUUAACUUUUCUUCACAUCACGUAGCCUGUUAAGUGCACUGAACUCUCGGGGACUCUACAUUCGGAUCUUUCCAGAACUGCCCUAAAAUGGUGGUGGCGGUGGGAAUUCACGGAACAGGUGAGAACUCGGAAAUGAUGGAGUGGCUCGGGAGCUGGACAGAGAAACAAAGGGGCGCCUGGGCCGAGGGGCAGGUGCCUCUGGGAGCAGUCCCCCUCCCCAACCCCAGCCAAGGUCGCUGUCACAUAGAGCAACAUGUACAGGUUAGGAAGUUCUCAGAGCACUUUUGAAACUCACUGGGGAAAGAGGGACAACACCUUUUGGUUUUUGUUUUUGUUUUUUUAAUUCCAAUCAAUCAACCAAUGAGCAAUUACUCCUGCCUUGGGGUACACUAAAGCCACAAUCGAAACACGCCAGGCAGGAAUUUGCUAGGUCUAGAGGGAGUUAUUGCCAAUUAAAAAAAAAAAAAUCUAAGAUAACUAAAAAUUACGUAGGUGAAGUGUUGUCUUGCCACAAGGCAACAGAACUUGCAGGGUUAUU